AGUACUACGAUGCCGCUGGGGUCACUCAAACCCCCAGAACUGAGCCUCUACUUCAGUCAAUCCUCUUCGACCCCAAUCAUCAUUUGUCUAAGAUGGCAUACGUUUCUGGAGACGGAACAAUUCGUGAAACACAGCCAUGGAGCAUAACUCGAAUUUUCGGAUUCUUUUCUGGAAUAUUCUGGGCCGUUGGGAUGUUUUUCAACACAUUGAUCAGUCCUAAUACAACCAAAUAUGGAACUGGAUACACCAGAAAUUAUCGCCCUGGCUCUGGGGGCUCUGGUCCACCACCACCGCCUUCGAAAAAAUUCGGAGGCAUCAACACAAAAGGCAGUAUGAACAUGCCUGGGGGGUGUAGUAGCUGUAGAGGAGGCUGAAA